UACUCAAAUUUCAACGAUAGCAGUCGCCAGUCGCCACUCAUACGCGUUGUUUACUUGCAGGCUGCACCUAUAAAGGUUGAAGGUUAUUUUACUUGGCGUUUACUCGUUUAAAGAGGAUCACCAUUUUUGUGUUUUGAGAAUGGAAAUUCAUUUAGGAAAAGAUUCCAUAGAACCAGAUUUAGUGCCAGGAAAACUGCGGUUUUAUAAUUAUCGGUAUUGUCCUUAUGCGCAUAGAACACAAUUAGUGCUAAAUUACAAAAAAAUACCACAUGAUACGGUUUUUAUAAACUUAUCAGAAAAGCCAGAUUGGUAUUUGAAUAUUUUUCCUGCUGGUAAAGUUCCAGCUUUACGUUUUAAUGGAAAAAUACUAUAUGAAAGUUUAUUACUAUCAGAUUUCCUUGAUGAAUUAUACCCUCAGCCUGCAUUGUGGACAGAUGGACCUCUACAAAAAAUAUUGGAUAAGUUGUUUGUAGAAGAAAUUUUUGGAAAGGUAACAUCUACAUUUUAUAAGUUUGUCAUGACCACAACUGAAAUGGAACAAAGUAAUUUCAAUGAAUUAGUUGAUAGUUUAAAACUAAUAGAUGAUGAAUUAGCACGGAGGGGUUCAACAUACUUCGGAGGUGAAUCACCAAAAAUGGUUGAUUACAUGAUAUGGCCUUGGUUUGAACGUUUUGAUGCUAUCAAAUUUAUAACUAAUGGUUCAUACUCAGUUAAUUUUGAUCAGUUUACUAAAUUGGAUGAAUGGAAAAUCGCAAUGACUUCUGAUGAAGCUGUAGCUCCAUAUUAUGCACCACCAGAAAAGCAUGCAGAGGUAUUCCUCAAAAUGAAAGAAAAAUAUGCAUCUGCAAUAAAAACAAAUACAAAAUAAAUUUUGUACUAAUUUUCGUUUGUAUUUUAUUAUCAUUUUGUGUUAGCAUUAGUUGUUUAUUGUUUAUGUACAAUAUUUAUUUAUUUUUAUAUUUAUUUACAAUGUGUAUAUUGAUCAAAUCAUUCAAUAAAGGUAUAUUAAAAUA